ACUUUCUGAACGUUUCCAUGUGUGUGCAAAAUAAACAAGGCGUCAUUCCGUAAUUAAUCGUAAAUUUUGUGAAAUACCAAAUAAAGGACUCGGAAUUAUUGUGAGUUUAUAUGCACAACCUUGUGCUAUGGACGUACCACAAAAGUGAAGUGUUUGUUUUGUGUUUGUAAACGUUUAAGUACACGCCGUUGCGACGAGGUGCAAAAAACCGCAUAACCUCAAGACCAACAACAACAGUAGAGCCUACGGUCAAAACGAACAUGAAAGAAGAAGCGCCAAGCAGCAAAAAAAUACCGCGAAAACCCAGAGCAGCGCCAGCAAAUAUGGCACCUAGCACACCCACCAAAGUGGGGGGCAAUGAUGAAAUAUUAAGCUCCCUGUUACGUCUCAAUAACUUCGAUUCUAACAUCAAAGACGAAUCGUUGGAUAUAGAUUUGUCUGCCUGUGUCACCAUUAGCGGCGACUCUGCUGCUAUGUUAGCUACUAAUAGUCUAUCUAGUACUGAUUUUUGGCGUGUUCUGGAUGAAAGUGCUCAAACAUCCCAAUUGGAGUUAAUAAAUGCCAGUGAUGAACUUCAGCAGCAACUUUUAAGUGGUGGUUUAAGUGACGAUGGUCUUGAAGACUGCUCUAUUGUGGAUGUACUACCAGAUGUUGGUUAUGACCUCAAAAAUAAGAACGUUGAAAAGUACUUUAUUUCGAAUGGUGAUGCAAAAGUUAUAGGAGGUGUUGUUAUAAAAGAAGAAAAACCACAACCAAGUUUUAGUGGAACGUUUCUUAGACCCGAAGCACCUCCGCCUACUCCUUCUCCCCUAAAACGUUUAUUGAUAAAACCACUUCAGGCGGAUCAACAACGACAAAUCGACAGGUCUAAAGAGAAAAUUAGACGGGAUUUAAAAAAGGACAUGCAUGCAAUUGGCCAUUCAUACCAAUUGAAUGCAACUCAUCUUGACGAUGCCGCAGUUGAUAAUAUCCAGACCGUUGCAAAUAACACAAAUGAUAUCAAACGUGCACCCAUCAAUCAUGUUGUAGUCAGUAGCAACAAACAGAUCUCAUCAUCUAGUUUCAAUAUUUUUACAUUACCAGAAGAUAAUGGACCAAGUUGUAGUAGUAGUAAUAAUAAUAACAUUUCGUUACUAACAUCACAGGCUGAUGUUAAGGUUAUUAAAGGACCCUUUCCACUAGAAACCGGUGCCAAAAUUCCUGAGCCGGUAUUUAAGUGCCUAGACUGUGAUGGUCUCAUAUUGCAGGGGCGAGGGGAAUAUGCUACGCAUGAGGCUGUCGGACAUCGUAUUCAUUAUCGGUGUUCGGUGUGUGACCGUGACUUUGAACAAGAGGCGAGUUUGAAGAAACAUGUAAAAACGCAUCGUUCAGCAGAUCCGAGAAAAGAUGCUUGGAAAAAAUGUCCCGACUGCGGCAAAUGUCUUAAAUUAGGCAGCAUGUGGAUGCAUCGCAAAAUCCAUAGUGAUAACAAAAAAUACGGCUGUGAUAUAUGUGGCCAAAAAUUUGUACAAAAGAUCAACUUGACUCAUCACUCCCGUAUCCAUACCGCUGAGAAGCCUUACGAAUGUCCAGAAUGUCAGAAGAGGUUCCAAGAACGUUCUCAUCUGCAACGCCACCAAAAAUAUCAUGCUCAGACAAGAUCAUACCGUUGCGAAAAAUGUGGCAAAAUGUACAAAACUGAACGUUGUCUUAAAGUGCACAACCUUGUUCACCUCGAGCAAAGACCAUUUGCUUGUAACGUUUGCGAUAAGUCAUUUAUAAGUAAUUCCAAACUAAAGCAGCACUCUAAUAUUCAUACCGGCGAAAGGCCAUUCAAAUGCAACUAUUGUCCACGGGACUUUACCAACUUCCCUAACUGGCUGAAACACACCCGCCGCCGUCACAAAGUAGACCACAAAACUGGCGAGCAUUUGGAAAACAUUCCCUCUUAUUGUUCUAAAAAAUCGACGAAAUCUACUAAAGCAAAGGCAACUGAUACAAAUACCACAACCCCUGCUCAGCCUUUAGUAACAACAAAACCUGAGGCAAAUAAAACUCCUGCACCAGCAACAAUAGGUAAUGGAGCAACUACAGAAACAGCAAAGCCUCCAGCUUCUAAGCGAAAGAAAAAAUCUCCGCAACAGUUGCCAUUGCCAACGCCGGCACAGCCCCCUCCAUUGGUAGCAAUUAGAGAUGAUAAUAAUUUACCCUCAAUCGCUGUUUCCAAAUUGUCUGCAAUUAUCAAAACUGAAGUGAUACGCACGAACAACAUUAUGACAUCCAUUCCUUUGUCUAUAGCGGGGAAUUUAAAGCCAAUAACAGUAGUAGCACUAAACAAAAAUGAUACUUGCAAAACGGCUAAGCCAAAGCGUGAGCGAAAGCAGCCUUCACCCAAACAAGUGCAAAAAGCCAGUCCCGCCAUAUCGUUGCUAUCCUCCAUUAAACGGGAAAUUUGCGAACCAGAAAGUAACUUAAAAUCACAUUUAAGCACAUCUUUAUUGGCCGACACGCGUUGUGCAAUUAGUAAUUUUCCCGAUCUGAGUAUCACUUCUGCUGAAGAACUUAUUAUGGAGCAAGCACUUGAAAUGGAAGAGUGUGGAUUAUAUGUGCCACAGCCUUCCGCUGGCAUGGAGACAGAUAAUGCCAUUUCAUCUUCUGAGGCUACGGCAGCGCUGCACUUCAAAAUAAAGAAAGAAUUUGAUCCGAUGGAUUUGUCAUCGACGCGCAUCAAAGAAGAGGAUUAUGUUUCACUAAAGGACAUGAAUCAGCGGCUACUGUGUUCUUCGCUGGAAUCAUCGCCGUACUCGUCCCCAGCAUCUGUCGAACUUUCCGCAACGCCGGCUGUUAUGCCACCCUUGCAACCGGUCAGCGUAAAUGGUGUUGCCAAUGCGCAGUCCACUGUAGCAUCAACAAAUAAUUUCCUUAUAAAUUCUUUUAAGUCAAACACACACUCUCUAACUACGGUCACUAGUCACAAUAAUUCUUUGGCGCAGCAAACCGUGGCUGAAUUGCAACACCUGUUGCCUCAAGUGACAACACAGAUGGUGCCGUCAAAUUCAAAUGCUAGGCCGGCGACAACUCAAGCGAUUAUCAAUCAUUUCUACUUGCACCCAAUGUCCGCAAUGGGAAUGCCGCUGCUCACGCAGUCUUCAAAAAGCCAAAAAUUGCCUUCGGUGGACACAUUAUUAUUUUCGGGAGCAACUACAUCAGCAAACGUUAGUUCGACUCCCUCUUCCAGUACUGUAACUGGCAGAAGAUAUUUCCAAGGUAAAACUUUGGUGCACCAUGCAGCACACAUGGGGUCGAAUGCAUCUGUGGGGCAACAACCAAAGCUCUCUUAAAUGACGAAUGGUUCAUAUUGUCUACUUGUCUAGUCAGCUGUCUAUUUGUCUAUGAUGCACAGAUGAGUUCUACAGUGCGACGGGACUUUUUAAAUAUGUACUUUUAUGCUUUGCUACUAAUCACAUAGUUUUUCUACAAUUUUCGUACAAUAAAAAUAUAUUUUAUUAUCAA